CCGCGCGGGCCGGGGGGGCGCGGGCGCCGCGCGGCGCCCGAGGCGAAAAAGUAGCUGUCAAAUGCGCGGCGCCUUUAACCGGCGCGAUCAGUGCGGCUCGGCGAGUCAUGGCGACCGCAGCCUCCAACCACUACAGCCUGCUCGCCUCCGGCUCCCCCAUGGUGCACGCCGAGCCGCCCGGCGGCAUGCAGCCCGGCGGCGGCUACCGCGACGCCGGCGCCCUGGUGCAGGCGGACUACGCGCUGCAGAGCAACGGGCACCCGCUGAGCCACGCUCACCAGUGGAUCGCGGCGCUGUCCCACGGCGGCCCCGGCGGUGGCGGCGGCGGCGGCGGCGGCGGGGGCGGCGGCGGCGGCGGCGGCGGCGAGGCGCCCUGGUCGGCGGGCGCGCUGGGCCAGCCCGACAUCAAGCCGGCGGUGGUGCAGGCGGGCGGGCGCGGCGACGAGCUGCCGCCGCCGCCGCAGCACCCGCCGCCGGGGCGGGCGCCGCACCUGGUGCACCACGGCGGCGGCGGCGGAGGGCACCACGCGGCGGCGGCGGCGGCGGCGGCGGCAGCGGCGUGGCGGGCGGGCGGCGCGGCGCACCUGCCGCCCGGCAUGGCCGCGGCCAACGGCGCGCAGGCGGGGCUGCUCUACUCGCAGCCGCCCGGCUUCACCGUCAACGGGAUGCUGGGCGCCGGGCAGCCGGGGCUGCACCACCACGGCCUGCGCGACGCCCACGAGGAACCGCCGCCGGGGCCGCCGCACCACGGCCCCGAGCACCCGCCGCCGCCCCACGGCCCCCACCCCGGGGCGGCCGGGCCGGCACCGUCCGCCGCCGCCGCCGCGCCCCCCGGGCCGCCGCCGCACCACGACCCGCACUCGGACGAGGACACGCCGACCUCGGACGACCUGGAGCAGUUCGCCAAGCAGUUCAAGCAGCGGCGCAUCAAACUGGGAUUUACCCAAGCGGACGUGGGGCUUGCUCUGGGCACCCUCUACGGCAACGUCUUCUCGCAGACCACCAUCUGCCGCUUCGAGGCCCUGCAGCUCAGCUUCAAGAACAUGUGCAAGCUGAAGCCUUUGUUGAACAAGUGGUUGGAGGAGGCGGACUCCUCCUCGGGCAGCCCCACCAGCAUAGACAAGAUCGCGGCGCAGGGCCGCAAGCGGAAAAAGCGCACCUCCAUCGAGGUGAGCGUCAAGGGCGCGCUGGAGAGCCACUUCCUCAAGUGCCCCAAGCCCUCCGCCCAGGAGAUCACCUCGCUCGCGGACAGCCUACAGCUGGAGAAGGAGGUGGUGAGAGUGUGGUUUUGUAACAGGAGACAGAAAGAGAAGCGCAUGACUCCCCCGGGAGGGACGCUGCCGGGCGCCGAGGACGUGUACGGGGCCAGCAGGGACACGCCGCCGCACCACGGGGUGCAGACCCCCGUGCAGUGAACUCGCGGCGGGGGCGCCCGGCCCCUCCUCCUCUCCUCCUCCUCCUCCUCCUUCUCCUCCUCUCCUUCCCCCAACUUUUGA